GCAAAUCGAACUGAAAAUGAACCACCUCUGUUCUGUCUCUGGUUGAGCUCGAGCUCGCCAUCUUCUGCAUGGACCAUUGCUUGGGCGUGGAUUAAUCCAUUCAAAGCUCCAUCCUCCAUUACUAGACCUGCAUGUGAUUGUGUGAAGUGAGAAAUAUAUCUACAGGACGAUCCCCUGAAACCAAGAACUCUCUGCCUCACCAUCACCUUGAUCAUCACUCUCCAUCUCAUGGACAUGGAUACCCACAACCAGAGCUCUUGUUCUUGGCGCGUGCGCUUCGCGCUGAACCUUAAAGGGAUCUCAUAUGAGUAUAAAGCAGUCGAUCUCAGGAAAGAAGAGCAAUAUACUGCUGAAUUUGAGAAGUUAAAUCCUAUGUACUUCGUUCCAGUAUUGGUCGAUGGAGAUACCAUGGUUUCAGAUUCUUUUGCAAUUUUGCUGUAUUUGGAAGAAAAGUAUCCUCAGAAGGCUUUGUUACCUCGCGAUCUUCGAUUGAAAGCUCUUAACCUCCAGGCUGCAAGUAUAAUCAGCUCGAGCGUACAACCUCUUCAGAUGCUGAAUCUGCUGAAGUACAUUGAAGAGAAAGCUGGCCCUGAAGAGAGGCUAUCAUGGGCUCGAUAUGUAAUAGAGAGAGGUUUCCAAGCUCUCGAGAAGUUGCUAGAAAAUGUUGCGACCAGAUAUGCCACUGGGGAUGAAGUCUGCUUGGCUGAUGUGUUUUUGGCCCCACAAAUAGGUGCUUCUACCUUGAGAUUUCAAAUUGACAUGGUCAAGUUCCCUACUUUGAGGAGGAUACAUGAAUCUUACAAGACUUUGCCGGAAUACACAGCAUCAUUACCGGAAAGUCAACCUGAUGCCACGAUCUGACCUGGGUAUCUCCUUCCCAAUCUCAAAGUUCGAAGCCGGAAAGUCUGAUGAUUCUCAUGGUCAAAAGCUCUCAAAUUGCCAGCCUCAUCUUUGUGAUGAGGCUCAUUCUCUCACUUUUCAUUGCACAUUCUGUAUGCUUAUGCCCCGUUGGUGCUUUGCCCUUAAGUUUUAGGUCGGUCGUGAGCUGAUUUUUAGAGUUUUUUUUUUUGUCAAUUUCUCAUCAAGGUUGCUACUCUAAAUAAUACAGGGUUGUGUAGUUUCUUUCCA